AUGUCCCAGGUCAUAGAAUCCCACGUGCUGCGUGUUGGGCAGACUGUGUGCAUUUCCUCACCCGAGGAAAGCAAGAGCCUGCACCCAGCCGGGUACCCCAGGCUGCCGGGCAAGUACGUCUACUACUCCACAGAAACCUGGGCUGAGCCCCCCUCCAUGGUGCACCCCAAGGCUCACCUGCUCCCCAGGUAUGGAGCCCAGCCCCUGCCAGAGCAUCUGGCUGCUCACACGCAGGGGAAGGACCUGCAGAAUUCCUCCUUGGAGAGACCCCCUGUGCUGAGCCAGCCAAAGGAGGAGGAGAACGGCAGCACGGACCCUGAGGACCAGCCAAUGUCUCCCUCCCUGGAUAUAACCAUAGAGACUCUCAACAAGAUGAUCCUGGAGAUUGAUCCCACCUUCCAGCCACUGCCAUGCAGGCCAGUGAGGGCUGCAGGCCAGCCUGCUGCUCAGGGGGACACUGUGGCCACCAAGAAGCAGGAGCAGGAGGCAAUAGACAUCAAGUACAUAGAGCUGACGCCAGGCAGAGCCACGGGGCCUGAGCUGCCACAGGGCUCCCCCAGCCCUUCAGGCACCCCCUUCUCCAGGUCCCCUCAGACCAGCAGCUUCCUGCCCCAGAAAGGAGCCCUGGGAGGCAAAUACAGCUCCGGUGACAGCGUGGUUUUCUCCAGCCCACCCGGACCCCCGAGUCCCCAGGCGGCCGCGCUGAGCAGCAGCAAAGCAGCCGAGAGCAGCAGCGCUCCCUGGCAGUGCCUGGCAGGACACACAGACACAGCCUCCUGCAGCCCCGGGGCCCUCAGCACCUCCCCAGGUGUGGAGAACCUGCUGAAGCCCGUGCAGGUGCUGAGGGCCCAGCAGAGGGGCAGCUGGGUGUCCCAGCUCUCCACCAGCCCCGGCUCGGACACCAGCUACAUCCUGGGCAGCAGCACCCACUCGCUCCACCACGACGACUCCGACGCUUCGGCCGCUGCCUCCCUGUCCCCCUCCAGCUCCCUGGGCAGCCCCUGCUCCCCUUCCUCGGGCAUCGUGGCUCACCCCAGGGAGGCUUCGGGCCAGAGCUCCCCCCAGCCGCGGGCAGGCAGCUCCCCCAGCGCCUCCCCAGCCCAGAAGGGCCAGGCCAGCAGCUGCCCCCCGUCCAUCCUCACCUCUGCUGCCGACAUCCCGGUGCUGCUGGUGAACGGGUGCCUGGAACAAGGGGACGGACCCCCCCAGCUGGCCAGAGCCCCCCCGAGCUCUGCCCAACAGCCCCCCCUGGCCGGCUGCAGCCCGGCCUCGAGGCUGGGGGGCCUGAACAACGCUCAGUCAGCGCCCACCCUCAGCUGCCUCUCGGACAGUCCCCUGAGGGCUGGGCAGCCCACCAUGAAGUUUGUGAUGGACACCUCCAAAUUCUGGUUCAAGCCAAGCAUCAGCAGGGACCGAGCAAUCCAGCUGCUGAAGGACAAGGAGCCGGGCACGUUCCUGGUGAGGGACAGCACCUCCUUCCGGGGCUCCUUCGGGCUGGCCAUGAAGGUUCCUGGCUCCCCCUCGAGCAGCCAGACAGGUGAGGAGAGCAGUGACCUCGUCAGGCACUUCCUCAUCGAGUCCUCCACCAAAGGGGUUCACCUGAAGGGCGCCAGCGAGGAGCUGUACUUUGGGAGCCUCUCUGCCUUCGUCUACCAGCACUCCAUCACCCCUCUGGCGCUGCCCUGCAAGCUCAGCAUCCCCACCCGAGAUCUCGCUGAUGGAUUGGACAGCCCUGACUGCGCCCCUGAACCUGCCCCGGCCCGGGCCAGGAAAGCUGCAGUGUGCAACGUCCUGUACCUCAACUCGGUGAACGUGGAGACGCUGACAGGAGCCCCGGCCAUCCUGAAGGGCAUCUCCUGCACCUUGGAGCUGGAGACGCUGCCCACCCCAGCCCUGGUGCACUUCAGGGUGACGGAGCAGGGCGUCACGCUGACCGACGUCCAGAGGAAGGUGUUUUUCAGGCGACACUACCCCUUGGCUGCCAUCAGGUUCUGUGGGAUGGACCCUGAGAACAGAAAGUGGCAGAAGUACUGCAAGUCCUCCAGAAUCUUCGGGUUCGUGGCCAAAAGCCAGACAGACUCGGAGAACCUCUGUCACCUGUUUGCAGAGUACGACACCGUGCAGCCCGUGUCCCUCGUCAUCGACCUGCUCCGCCAGCUCCUGCCCAGCCCAUAG